GAUAUUUACUACAUCUGAGUGGUCAAAAUUUAUCACCUUUCCCUCUCUUGUUCUCUCUCUGCGCUGUGAACUCGGUAAAACUCAGUUAAAAUUACGAAAAAUAAUCAUUAAUUUAGCUCCGGCGAUCGGAUCUUAUUCAGUUAUCCGCGGCGAUCCCAGCCUCCUGCAAACGCUGUUCGUGUUUGUGUAAAGUAAGCGAUUCGUUGAACGAAACGCUCUGUGAAAUGAGCGUUGUCAAUCGAAAAUGAUGGCAGUGAAAAGAAAAGUUGGCAAGUAUGAACUCGGAAGAACCAUUGGGGAGGGGACUUUUGCGAAAGUUAAAUUUGCACAGAGCACGGAAACGGGCGAGAGUGUUGCCAUCAAAGUCUUGGCCAAGAGUACCAUUCUCAAGCAUAAAAUGGUUGAUCAGAUAAAACGAGAGAUAUCCAUCAUGAAGAUUGUCAGACAUCCUUGUAUAGUCAAGCUGCAUGAGGUUUUAUCCAGCCACACAAAAAUUUACAUAGUUCUGGAGUUUGUGACCGGAGGAGAACUUUUUGAUAAAAUUGUUCAACAUGGCAGGAUUUCUGAGAAUGAAUCAAGGAGAUACUUUCAACAACUAAUUGAUGCAGUUUCACACUGCCACAGCAAAGGCGUGUAUCACCGGGACUUAAAGCCUGAAAACUUGCUCCUUGAUUCCAAAGGAAACUUGAAGGUUUCUGAUUUUGGACUGAGUGCGUUGCCUCAACAAGGAGUUGAUCUUCUUCAUACAACUUGUGGGACUCCAAAUUAUGUUGCGCCCGAGGUACUAAGUAAUCAAGGUUAUGAUGGUGCUGCUGCUGAUGUUUGGUCGUGUGGUGUGAUUCUUUAUGUUAUAAUGGCAGGUUACCUUCCAUUUGACGAGCCAGACCUUCCCUCAUUGUAUAACAAGAUCAUUGCUGCUCAGUUUUCAUGUCCGUUUUGGUUUUCUCCGGCUGCGACAUCAUUGAUACAUAAAAUCCUCGACCCCAACCCUGAAACUGUGAGUACAGAAUUUAAAGACCCGUGGUUCCAGAAAAAUUAUGUGGCCGUCAGACCUAGAGAAGAUGAAGCGGUGACUCUGGAUGAUGUUUGUGCUGUGUUUGACGAUAUUGAGGAUAAAUAUGUCAAUGAGGAAAUGCGGAGUAAUGACAAUGGCCCUCUGAUAAUGAAUGCAUUUGAGAUGAUUACCCUUUCUCAAGGGUUAAACUUAUCAGCUUUGUUUGACAGGCGGCAGGAUUACAUUAAACGGCAGACACGUUUUGUUUCUCGACAACCUGCCAGAGUUAUUAUUGCCACAAUUGAGGCAGCUGCUGAGUCGAUGGGUCUCAAGGUUCACACACGGAAUUACAAGACAAGACUCGAGGGUACAUCUGCUAAUAGGGCCGGUCAAUUUGCUGUUGUGCUGGAGGUUUACGAAGUUGCACCAUCUCUUUUUAUGGUUGAUGUGCGUAAGGCAGCUGGAGACACCCUGGAAUAUCACAAGUUUUACAAGAAUUUAUGUGGGACGAUUGAUAAUAUUAUUUGGAAACCGAAUGAAGGUACGCCAAGUUCUGCUUUGCUUAGAACAAUGACUUGUUGAUCCUUACUCGAGGGUAUGAAGCAAAUCAGUUGGUAAGCAAUUCAAAUCCUUUCAAUU